GGCACGGCAACGUCAAAAGAGGAAGUGUGUCUGCGAUAUCCACGCAAGUCGACGUGUUGUCGCUCGUUGUUGUGUGUUUUUACCGCUUAUUUCACUGUAACACGGUGUUUAUUUACUCACAAGAGACACCGUGUUAACUCGUGAAAGGGAGGAGAGCAAAAACAACCAUGCAGACUGAGAAAGAGGACGAGGACGACGCGUCUCCUGAAGAGUAUGUGGCUCUGUCUAGUUUCACUGGAAGUGGCAGCGACCAGCUUAGUUUCCACAGAGGGGACAGACUGCUUGUUCACGCCAAGCCUUCAUCCGAGUGGUGGUGGGCAGAGCUGCAUGAGGUCAUAGGUUAUGUCCCUGCCCGCUACCUGCGCCAGGAUGCUGCUGAGGAGGAUGAUGAUGAGGAGGAGGAGGAGGAGGACCCAUGGCAAGAUGAAGAAUACUUUGGCAGUUAUGGGACACUGAGGCUUCACUUGGAGAUGUUGUCAGAUAAGAGCCGCACUGAGGCGUACCGGCAGGUUAUUCUCAGCAAUAGUGCUUCUCUGAGGAAUAAGGUGGUGAUGGACCUCGGCUGUGGGACUGGCAUCAUCAGCCUGUUCUGUGCUCAGCUGGCACAACCCUCAGUGGUGUAUGCUGUGGAGGCGAGCUCCAUGUCAGAGUACACCAGGCAGCUGGUGAAGCAGAACGGCUGUGAGGAGGUGAUCACGGUGCUGCAGGGACGAGCUGAGGAGCUCGAGCUACCCGAGCGGGUGGACAUCCUGGUCUCUGAAUGGAUGGGUAACUGCCUGCUGUUUGAGUUCAUGGUGGAGUCAGUCCUGCUGGCAAGGGACCGCUGGCUUAGGGAAGGCGGCGUGAUGUGGCCCUCAUCUGCAGCCCUCACUCUGGUGCCAUGUCAGGCCCACAGCUAUUAUGCAGAGAAAAUGGCCUUCUGGGAGCGGCCCUAUGGCCUUGACUUCACUCCUCUUCAGCCCCUGGCACAGCAGGAGUUCUUCACCAAGCCCAAGUUCAGCCACCUCAUCGAGCCCGAUGACUGCCUCGCUGCUCCCUGCAACGUCAUAUGCCUUGAUAUGUACACCCUGCAAGUCAAAGACCUUGAGGAAAUAAAGGCUCAGUUUCAUUUUUGUGUGGAAAAGUCCGGUGUUUUCCACGGAUUCACCGCCUGGUUCACUGUUCAUUUCGAGAGCCUGGAGACAGGAGGAGCAGCGGUGGAGCUUAACACCGGACCUAACUCUGAGCCGACACACUGGAAGCAGACUCUGUUCAUGCUAGACAGGCCAGUCAGUGUGUACGCUGGAGACUCCAUCCGUGGAAACAUUGUCCUACGUAGGAACCCAGUAUGGAGACGCCACAUGACCGUUACCAUGCACUGGAACAUCAACAGCAGCACAGAGGACACAGACAACUGCCAGGCAAACUUUGAUUCAUUGACCAUAUUCAUAAAGUAGCGGCAGAGUAUUUUAUCUCUUAUAACAUUACAGUCUAUUUAUAAUUUUCAUGGAAUGAAAACACAUACGUUUCCCUUUCACUUGUCUCAUGGUCUUGGUCUCAUUCUUCAUUCU